AUGGAGAAAUAUGAAGAGAUAAAAAAGCUUGGAAAAGGAGCUCAAGCAUCAUGCUACCUGGUCAAACACAAAGCAGAAGGGAAAGAAUAUGUCCUGAAGAAGAUUGAGUGCGACGAUGAAGGAGCUGCUCGAAAGGCCUUUCAGGAAGCGAUGGCCCUUAACGAACUCCGCCACCAGUCAGUAUGCGGAUACAAAGAAUUCUUCGUCUUUUGGGACAAGAAAACUUCCGCCAUGUACGUUUGCAUCAUCAUGGAAAACUACCCAAAGGGCGAUCUAAGCAGAAUUUUAACAAAUCGGCGAGGAAAGAAACAACUGAUUGAAUUGCCCAUUCUCCAAAAGUGGACUGGACAGAUGCUCUCUGGACUGGCGUACAUUCAUGCCAAGAACAUAAUUCAUCGCGAUUUGAAGCCAUCCAACAUCUUUCUCCGCAACGACCUGACUCUCGCUAUUGGCGACUUUGGCGUAGCCACCCUCAUGGACGAUAAACGAACGAAGACGAGAACAACAGUGGGUUCUGUAAACUGGAUGGCGCCAGAAGUCUUUGAAAGGCCCUACGACGAUCGCUCGGACAUCUGGUCCUUUGGCUGUAUUCUGCUGGAAAUGGUUACUUGUUCCAUUCUUGACCAAAAAGAAGUGCGCGAGCUAUUGUUUGAAAUCAAAAAGGAAGACAAUUCUCUGACGAAAGUGCUCGCCAAAGAUCUUUGCAAAUCCCCCUUUGGCGCUGCUGCUCUCAAAUCUUCAGGAAUCUCUUCAUCAGCUACCAGUGACAAGACAGAAACAAAUGCGAAAAUACCCGCUCCAAAAGCAGACCUCAACCUCAAAGAUUCGAUGGCAUAUCUUGAGAAAUACUACAAAUCCUCCUCGGCAGCUACAGCGAUUCUUCCACGCAUUUCUUUCUUCACAAAGAGCGAGAAACUGACUCAGUACUCCCGACCACUUCUGCUCACCAUGCUUAGUCACAAAGAAAACGACGCGAUCGUGAUUCAGUGCCUGAAAUUGCUCCAAUUUGGCUGCGUCACUUCAGAACUACUACGACCUUUGUACAGUAUUGUGCGCACGUCAAAAUGUAAAGAUGUCGUUAACGAGUCGAUGAUUAUCCUGUCACAGCUCAACUCGGAAAAGUCGAUUGCAACUAUUGGGUCAUUAGGAUUCAUUCAUGAGAUUUGCCUCUUCAUCAAAAAGUACAAAUCAGAGAAGGAAGUAUUCAAAAACUGUGUGAAGGCAUUAUGGUCGGCUUGUGUAAACGAAUCAAACGCAGAGCUCGCUUCCCAAGAAAAUGUUCUUCCGGAUGUUUUCGACGGAGCAAGUAAAUUCAAGUCUGAUGCUUUGGUUACUGCAGAAGUCGUUUCACUUUACUGGGCGUUGUCGCUGGAAGAUGCGUGCGAAAAACAGAUCCUAGAGUCAGCUGUUCCUGGGAUCUUUUUGGCCCUUCAGUUGCAUAAAAAAGAUGUGAAAGUUGUUCGAGCGUGUUUUAUGGCGCUGACUUCAAUAGCUUCAUGCGGGGAAGCUGCGUGUGCGAAGAUAUUGAACCCUUCAUCGACGGAAAAGAAAGUCAACGGGCUGAUGGUUUUUGUGACGGUUGUCAAGGAACAAGCGAGUGAUAAACAAGGGAUGGAAGAGUUUGUUCUUCUUAUUGAUGAAAUGAUCCAAGAAAAAAGCAUAAAAGAACAGAUGAAGAAAUGCAGCGCGCUGAAGGCAGAAUUGAAGAAGAUCCAAACGUACCAUAAGAAUAUCGAAAAACUUUCUGAAAUAAUCGCUGCCCUGUAA